GCCGGGGCGGCGGGCGGCAGGCCCGUGUCGGUGGCCGGGAGUCCCCUGAGCCCCGGGCCGGUGCGAACGCCCCUGAGCCGCUCACACACCCUAAGCGGCGGCGGCGGCGGCUGCGGCGGCCGCGCGGGCAAGGUGGCGCUGGCGCCGGCAGGGGGCGCCCUGCAACACAGCCGCUCCAUGUCCAUGCCCGUGGCGCACUCGCCCCCAGCAGCCACCAGCCCUAGCAGCCUGUCGUCCAGCAGCGGGCACGGCUCCGGCUCCUACCCGCCGCCUCCGGGCCCGCACCCGCACCUGCAGCACCCCCUGCACCAGCCCGCGAGCCAGCGGCCCUCCAGCGGCAGCGCCUCGGCCUCGGGGUCCCCCAGCGACCCCGGCUUCAUGUCUCUGGACGAGUACGGCUCCAGCCCUGGGGACCUGAGAGCCUUCUGCAGCCACCGGAGCAACACGCCCGAGUCCAUUGCCGAGACGCCCCCGGCCCGGGACGGCAGCGGGGGCGAGCUGUACGGGUACAUGACCAUGGACCGGCCCCUGAGCCACUGUGGCCGCCCCUACCGCAGAGUCUCCGGGGACGGGGCCCAGGACGUGGACAGAGGCCUGAGGAAGCGGACGUACUCCCUGACCACACCUGCCCGGCAGCGGCCCGUGCCCCAGCCCUCCUCUGCGUCCCUGGACGAAUACACCCUGAUGCGGGUCUCCUUCUCUGGCAGCUCCGGCCGCCUCUGCCCGUCCUGCCCCGCCUCGUCUCCCAAAGCGGCCUACCACCCCUACCCCGAGGACUACGGGGACGUCGAGAUCGGCUCCCACAGGAGCUCCAGCAGUAAUCUGGGUGCGGACGACGGCUACAUGCCCAUGACCCCCGGCGCGGCCCUCACGGGCGGUGGCAGUGGCAGCUGUAGGAGUGACGACUACAUGCCUAUGAGCCCCACCAGCGUGUCCGCCCCAAAGCAGAUCCUGCAGCCUCGGGCUGCCGCUGCGGCCUUGCCCCCCGCGGGAGCGCCGGUGUCCACGCCCGCGGCCGGCAGGGCCUUCCCGGCCAGCGGGGGCAGCUACAAGGCGAGCUCCCCGGCGGAGAGCUCCCCCGAGGACAGCGGGUACAUGCGUAUGUGGUGUGGCUCCAAGCUGUCCAUGGAGAACGCAGACAGCAAGCUGCUGCCCAACGGGGACUACCUCAACAUGUCCCCCAGCGACGCGGGCGCCUCGGGGACCCCUCCCGACUUCUUCUCGGCCGCCUUGCAUGGCAGCGGGGAGACGCUCAGGGGAGUGCCCGGCUAUUGCCACAGCUCCCUGCCCCGCUCCUACAAGGCUCCCUACACCUGCAACGGGGACAACAACGACCAGUAUGUGCUCAUGAGCUCUCCCGUGGGGCGCAUCCUGGAAGAGGAGAGGCUGGAGCCGCCGGCCAGCCCGGGGACCGCGCCAUCCAGCGGCUGCGGCGGUGGCGACCACGCCCAGCCUCCUCACCCAGCAGUGCCUUCGCCUGGCAGGCCAGGUGGCAGCGUUGGCGGCCGCCCAGAGGGCUUCCUGAACCAGCGCUGCCGGGCCGUGCGGCCCACGCGCCUGUCCCUGGAGGGGCUUCAGACCCUGCCCAGCAUGCACGAGUACCCGCUGCCGCCCGAGCCCAAGAGCCCCGGCGAGUACAUCAACAUUGACUUCGGCGACGCGGGAGCUCGCCUGUCGCCUCCCGCGCCCCCGCUGCUGGCCUCGGCCGCCUCGUCGUCCUCGCUGCUGUCCGCCAGCAGCCCGGCCUCCUCCCUGGGCUCGGGCACCCCGGGCACUAGCGGCGACAGCCGACAGCGCUCCCCGCUGUCCGACUACAUGAACCUCGACUUCAGCUCGCCCAAGUCACCCAAGCCGGGCCCCCAGGGCGGGGACCCCGUGGGCUCGCUGGACGCCCUCCUGUCCCCCGAGGCCUCCUCCCCCUACCCGCCGCUGCCCCCGCGCCCUGUGGCGCCUGCCUCCGCCCUGCAGCCACAGCCGCUGCCGCCGCCCCCUCCAGGCGAGCUGUACCGCCUGCCCCCCGCCCCCGCCGCCCAGGGCCCCAGCGCUGCCUCCUCCUCGUCCUCGGAGACUGGGGACAAUGGUGACUACACCGAGAUGGCCUUCGGCGUGGCUGCCACCCCGCCGCAACCCAUCGCCGCCCCCCCGAAGCCGGAAGGUGCCCGCGUGACCAGCCCCACGUCCGGCGUCAAGAGGCUGAGUCUCAGGGAUCAAGUGUCGGGAGUGGAGGCCUUCCUGCAGGCCAGCCAGCCCCCGGACCCGCACCGGGGGGCCAAGGUCAUCCGCGCAGACCCGCAGGGGGGCCGCCGCCGCCACAGCUCCGAGACCUUCUCCUCGACCACCACUGUGACCCCCGUGUCCCCGUCCUUCGCCCACAACCCGAAGCGCCACAACUCGGCCUCCGUGGAAAACGUCUCUCUCAGGAAAAGCAGCGAAGGGGCCGGCGGCGGCGGCCUGGCUGGGGGCGACGAGCGCCCCACGUCCCCCCGCCAGCUGCAGCCACCGCCCCCCCAGCAGGCGCGGCCGUGGCUACCGAGUCAGCCGGGGGGCUUGGUCGGGUGCCCCGGGGGCAGCGGCUCUCCGAUGCGCAGGGAGACCUCUGCCGGCUUCCAGAACGGCCUCAACUACAUCGCCAUCGACGUGAGGGACGAACCUGGGCUGUCGCCCGGCCCGCAGCAGCUUCCGCAUCCGCAGCCGGGAGACAAGAGCGCCUGGGGCCGGACCCGUAGCCUGGGGGGUCUCCUCAGCGCGGUGGGGGGCAGCAGCACCGGUGGGGUGUGCGGGGGGCCCGGCCCUGGCGCCCUGCCCUCCGCCAACACCUAUGCCAGCAUUGACUUCCUGUCGCAUCACCUGAAGGAGGCCACCAUUGUGAAAGGUGAGGCCCUUGGAAUCUUGCGGAGGGUCGGCGGGAGGCAGGGUGGGAUGGCCGGGGAGAGGGCCGCUCUGGCUUCACCACCAUCCGCUCCUUUGGUACCUGGACACAAGCGCCAAAAUACUGGACGAGCCGCCUUGUUUUGCUUUCCUCUUGGCUCCCCCGGCUUCCUUCUUCGCCAAACAGCCGCAGAGGCCCAGUGGUCUUUGAGUUGAAUGUGCAGCUUCGCACCCAGGAGGCUGGGAUUCGUUGUUUGGGCCCCGCCCCCUUGUUCUUUUCCCACCGCCUCUCUCCUCCUCCUUCACAGG